CUCGAACAGAGCAACUGCUUAAAGGCCAAUUCCCGUUGUUUGUAAUCAACGUAUAGUCAUUAGUAGAAGUGUUAUUCAGUCGGUAGCGAUUUUUUAUGAUAAUGUUAGGUAAGGUUCCCUCGCGAAGGGGUUCCACUAGUGAAAGUUAGGGAAUAUCACACAGUAGCCGUAACGUUAUAUAAGUAUAUAUAUUUUUAAGGGUGGUAUUAACUUUGGAUACAUUAAAACAAGGUCUAGCAGUGGGGCAUGACUAAGCAGAAGAGUAGUGUCUAUGGCAGACCAACCUGGUAGGCAAAGAGGGGGGUCCAAAAGAAACGCUCGCCAUCAUCAACAGGGGUCACGAUCUCCUAUAUGUACUAGGUCAAGAACCAGAAUUUUAGCUCAAGAAAAAUCACAGUGUGAAGAAUCUCUUGUGGUGUACGAACAGCCUGACAGAGCUGGUGACACUGUGACAGACAAAAGGCAAAUCCCUGUAGAGAACAUCAACGAAUGUUCAGCCCCUAAAAAACAGAAAAACAAUCCUGAAGGUAUUUUGGAAGUGUUUAAAAAUAAUAGGAGUCAGCCAAGUGCCACAAUUGAUCCACCCAGCACCUCAGCCUUGAAUGAAACUGUUUCUCCAUCUAGUGGUAGUAAAGUUAAACUUUCUACUUUAACAAAAAAUCAUAGUACAAGAACUUGUUCGAAAGCAGAGUUUGGGGUUGAGCGGCAACUUCCAGCACCAGAACAGUGGUUACCACCUUCCACUUCUAGAUAUUCUUAUAAGGUAGAAAAAGUUACUUCUGCUUCACAACUGGAAACAGUGAUUAAAAAGAAACCUUGCAGACCCCAUAAAGUUACUUCCACAUUGACUGUGAACUCUCCAGUUGUCACAGCUAACUUUUAUUCUGAAGACAAACCUAAAGCUACCUCUUCAGGAACAAAAGACGGGUUUAUAUCACACACCAAAUCUUUUGAAAGUUCUCCACAUCCAAGAAAUCAAAGCACCAAUAGGCGACGCCUAAAAAAAGAGUCAAAUUCAUCUUUGGAUGAGGCUUCUUAUUUUCAAGUUGAAGUUGAAGACUUAGCAAAACAUUGUGGAGGCAGCCAUAAUCAGUUGUCAAGUCCUUUUGCUAUAAAGAAGGAACCUCAGCUGAGAACUGAAAAUCUGCAAACUCUGCCUCUUAAUCUUGUUCCAGUAGAUUUGUCUUGUCAUCAGCCAGGUCCUUCUGGCUCAAACCAAAACAAAGGGAAGGGAAAAAAUCGGCAGCCAGGUAGAAAAACUUCAGAACUCCAGUCAGGUACUGUUGACGGUAAAACUCCUACUAAAGGCAGUAGAGCAACUGGGAAGGCAGCAAAGAUCAAUCAAGAAAAGGCCACAAGAACCAAGACAACGGGGUCGUGUGCUAGUAGCCGUCGGCGUUCCUCCCGAGCAAGCAAGCUUCCUGCAGUGAGUUCCAGUAGUGUGGACGGAGGAGCAGGCCGACUACAGGGAGCUCCAGGCAGGAGUGGCAUGUCAGAAGCAGACUCGGGACAAGAGGGGACGUCGACUACUUUCAACAGUGAAGAUGCUGCUAAUAAUGUGCCUACUUCAAGUGGUGUGAGCAGUUCUAUGGCAGCAGCUGCAGAUAGUGAAUCAGAUGAUAAUGAAAUGGGUAGGCUACAGGCUCUCCUGGAAGCUCGAGGUCUCCCUCCUCAUCUCUUUGGAGCCUUAGGGCCACGUAUGCAACAUUUGUUACAUCGGUCAAUGGGAAGUAGUGCAAGUAGCAAAGCCCACCAAUUACUUCAGGGACUGCAGGCUACUGGAGAUGAGGGUCAACAACUACAGGCUGUUAUGGAGAUGUGUCAGUUGUUGGUGAUGGGUAAUGAGGACACACUGGCUGGCUUUCCUGUAAAGCAGGUAGUUCCUGCCCUCAUCAAUCUCCUGUCAAUGGAACACAAUUUUGAUAUGAUGAAUCAUGCCUGUCGUGCUCUCACUUACAUGAUGGAAGCUCUUCCAAGAUCUUCUGCUGUUGUGGUUGAUGCUGUACCUGUAUUUUUAGAAAAGCUGCAAGUAAUUCAGUGCAUGGAUGUUGCUGAACAGUCUCUUACAGCCCUUGAAAUGUUAUCUCGCAGACACAGCAAGGCUAUCCUCCAUGCUAGAGGAGUUUCUGCCUGCCUUACGUACUUGGAUUUCUUCUCUAUAAAUGCUCAGCGAGCUGCCCUCACAAUCAUGGCCAACUGUUGUCAGAAUCUGAUGACUGAUGAGUUCCACUUUGUGCAGGAAUCUCUGCCAAUUCUGAGUGCUCGUCUCACCCAGCAGGACAAGAAGUCUGUAGAGAGUGUGUGCUUGGCCUUUUCACGUUUUGUGGACUGUUAUCAAAAUGAUCCUAAGAUCUUGAUAGAAAUAGCUAAUCAUGGUCUUCUCAGUAAUAUUCAGCAGUUGUUAAUGGUGACUCCUCCCGUCAUUAGCUCUGGCACAUUUGUGAUGGUAUUGAGGAUGUUGGCUAUAAUGUGUGGCUCAUGUCCUGAGUUGGCAGUUCAGUUGCUUAAACAAAAUAUAGCAGAGACUUUGAGGUACCUUUUGAUGGGCAGUGUUGAUCCUGUAUCAGACGAAAUUGAGCUUAUUCCCAGAAGCCCCCAGGAACUGUUUGAAAUCACAUCUUUAAUUGGAGAGCUUAUGCCACGAUUACCCAUGGAUGGCAUAUUCAGUGUGGAUGCUUAUCUGGUGAAACCUACAAGCAGCCACUCGGAUGCUGUAGUGUGGCAAUGGAGAGAUGAUAGAGGAGCUUGGCAUCCAUACACUGGGAUAGAUAGCAAGAUAAUAGAGGCAGCCCAUCAAUCUGGUGAAGAUGAAAUAAGUUUAUCAACUAUGGGAAGAACAUAUACUAUUGAUUUCAACUCCAUGCAGCAGAUUAAUGAAGACACUGGAACUACAAGGCCAGUGCAGCGAAGGGUUAACCAUUGUUCUGGAACAUCAUCAGUGUCAACUUCAAGUAUCAGCAGUAUUGAUUCCAGAGUGGAUUGUCUCCAUGAGAACACUGAACUUGCUGCAUCCUUCAUCAAAUCUUUGUUUGCAGUACUCUAUGAAGUUUAUAGCAGUUCUGCUGGGCCUGCUGUGAGACACAAAUGUCUACGAGCACUUCUAAGAAUGGUUUACUUUGCUCCACCAGAACUAUUGGGUAAAGUUCUAAAAAAUCAAGUAGUAUCAAGCCAUGUAGCAGCCAUGUUGUCAUCUCAAGAUUUGCGGGUUGUGGUUGGAGCACUACAGAUGGCAGAAAUUUUGAUGCAGAAACUUCCUGAUAUAUUUGGGGUUUAUUUUUGCCGAGAAGGUGUUAUGCACCGGGUCAAUGAACUAGCUAAAGCAGAGCCUCAACAGAAUAGUCCUUGUGCUAAGGAUCUGUCACAAUAUUCAUCUCCUCCAGUUCCAAUAUCUUUAAGCUUUAGCCCUUGUGAAACUACUCUCCCAUUGGCCAAUCCCCAUACUGGUUCAUCUUCAGCAGAUGGCUCUCUGCACUUUGUUAGCAGUGUUCUUUGGGGAUCUCCUUCCUCCUCCUCCUCAGUAUCAUCAGGACCGAUGGGUCUUCGAGUUCUGCCCCCUAACCCCUCCAAUCCAGAUGAGGAUCAUUGUUCUUCAAUUGGUCAAAUGCGUCUUAGUGAUGUGCUCAAGAGAAAAAGGACUCCAAAACGUGGAAAUGCUACUAGUCGUAAAGUACGCACAGAAGACAGCCCCAGAGAUUCUGUGAAUAGUAAUUUUUCUUUUCGAAGCUCAAGUCGAAAUGAGCGGACUUUUGAUAAUUCUCCAAGUCAGUUAUUAAGUGCUUCUGUUUUGUCAGUCCCAGCCUCUCCUGCAGCAAGCCUUCACUCUCCCUUGCCUGGUGGUUCUGUUUCAAACUCAACCAAUUUACAGUGUACAGGAGUAGGUCACUCUGGGAGAGGACGUCUGAGUACAGCUGCUGCAAAGACUUCUUCUUUCCUUGCCAGUCUUAAUCCUGCUCGAUGGGGUCGGUGGAGCAGCACUUCUCCUUUACCAGGAAGAUCCUUGAGUUCGGAACCAUCUACAGACCAAAAGGCCACAAGCUGUACUAAUUUGUCUGGGAAUAGAGAGAAAAUUAAAGCUUGGAUCAGAGAUCAAGCUCAAAAGUUUGAGAACCAGUAUUUCAAGACAGAAAAUCAUGGAACUUUACAUCCAGCUAUGAAUGUUCUUAAUCGAAUCACCUCAUCUUUGGAACACCUUGAAAAUGUUGCUGAUGGAGGACUGAAAGCUCUAGAAGAGAUUCGUGAUGUGGUAGUAGAAAGUGAUAUAUCUUCAUUUGAAGUCAUUCACAGCAAAUUGGUUACAAAGUUGUUACACUACUUGACAGCUGCCAGUGGUUAUGGAGCCUGUAGUAGAGAUGACCGUCUACGAAUAUUUCUUCAUGUUUUCAAAAAAGCUCCAUUGUUUAAGAUCUCAACACUGGAGUUAGAUAAACUUGACCCUUCUCCCCUCUCUGCUCUUGUUGCAAAAUUGAAUGCCUGUGUAAGCCAGCUAGAACAGUUUCCUGUAAAAGUUCAUGAUUUACCAGGUGGUGGUGGUACAGGGAGCAGCAGAGGAACAAGCACCCUCAAAUUUUUCAACACCCACCAGCUCAAGUGCAAUCUUCAGCGACAUCCAUCAUGUUCCAAUCUUAGACAGUGGAGAGGAGGACCUGUAAAAAUUGAUCCAUUAGCACUUGUUCAAGCUAUAGAAAGAUAUUUAGUUAUUCGAGGAUAUGGAAGGAUUAGGGAUGAUGAUGAUGAUGGCAGUGAUGAUGAAAACUCUGAUGAAGACAUUGAUGAUACCAUGGCUGCUAUGAUGAUCAACCAAGGCCAGGCCCGUCAUAAGCUUCAGUUUUUGAUUGGGGAAAAUGUUCUUCCAUACAACAUGACAGUGUAUCAAGCCAUCAGACAGUAUGGUGCAGGUGGUCAAGGUGCUGAUGGGCAUGAGACAGACACAGACUCGGAGAAUCCUGUUGGAUAUGCUAACAUCUGGGUGCAGACUCAUACCAUUUGGUACCGUCCAGUUCCUGAUGAAGACCCAUCAUCGAAUAAAGCCAUUGUAAGCAGUAGUAGCAAUUCCAUUCAUCGUUCUCAGGGUAUAUCUUCAGGCUGUUCUAGUCGCCGCAACAAGGGAGCUUCAGGUGGAAGAACCUCACCCAAGAAAAAAAGUGAUGAAUUAUGGAAUGAAGGACUAGUUCCAGAAUCAGUUCCUUUACUUUCCUUCUACUUAACUGCUUCACUCCCAGAUUCAUUUACAGUUCAAGAUCCUUCAUUAGAAGUGAUAUGCCUCCUUAGGGUGAUCCAUGCUUUAUGUCGUUACUGGGGAACACUGUAUGAUAUGAGCUGUUGGAAUUCAGCCAUUUCCCAGUCAGAGUUCCUGAACAGCAAGUUAACAGCCAAAGCUAACAGACAACUUCAAGAUCCAUUAGCUAUAAUGACUGGUAACCUACCCCAGUGGUUGUCUCAGUUAGCUUACGUUUGCCCAUUUCUCUUCCCCUUUGAAACUCGGCAUUUACUGUUCUAUGUGACUUCUUUUGAUCGAGACCGAGCACUCCAGAGGUUGUUAGAUAUGACACCUGAACUGAGCAGUAGUGACAGUAGCGAGAGGGUGACACCACGAUUAGACCGAAGGAAGCGGACAGUUUCGCGUGAUGAUUUAUUAAAACAAGCAGAAGUGGUUAUGCAAGAUUUAGGAAGUUCCAGAGCUUUAUUGGAGAUACAGUAUGAAAAUGAAGUGGGAACAGGAUUGGGACCAACACUGGAGUUUUAUGCCCUUGUGUCAAAAGAGUUCCAGCGAGCUGAUUCUGAUUUGUGGCGAGGAGAAGCAGUAACUGUUAGUGAUGGAAAAGGUCCAGCAGACCGCACAUCAUAUAUUCAUUCACCAUGUGGAUUAUUCCCCUCCCCACUCAGCCGAAGUGCCAAGGUUAGUUGUGUCACAAAAAUCCGUAGUAAAUUCAAACUACUUGGGAAGUUCAUGGCCAAAGCUUUGAUGGACUCUCGAAUGUUAGAUAUUCCUAUGAAUCUGAUCUUCUACAAGUGGCUUCUUGGUCAGGAAGGAAGCUUGCGGUCUUCAGACAUCCAGUUCAUAGAUCCAGGUUUAGUUCUCACGUACUUCAAACUAGAAGAGCUGAUUGUACAGAAACUGAAACUAGAGCAAGAUAAUACUCUUACACCCCAGAACUUAAAGAAGGCUAUAGAAAGUCUAGUGUUAGAUGGCUGUUUAAUAGAAGACUUGAACAUAGACUUCACCCUUCCUGGCUAUCCUCACAUUGAACUGAGAAAAGGUGGACGAGAUAUUGCUUUAACAAUCCACAAUUUAGAAGAAUAUUUGCAAUUGGUGAGUCACUGGACACUAUAUGAAGGAGUCAAGAGGCAGAUGGAAGCCUUUAAAGAAGGGUUUGAGUCUGUUUUUCCUAUUGCACAACUGCAAAUAUUCUUUCCUGAAGAGUUGGAAUGUUUGUUCUGUGGAAGUGGAAGCAGCCGCUGGGAUGUGAAAAAUCUUAUGGAGUGCUGUAGACCUGAUCAUGGUUAUACUCAUGAUAGCCGUGCCAUUAAAUUUCUCUUUGAAAUUCUUAGUAACUACAAUCCAGAAGAACAAAGAAGAUUUCUUCAGUUUGUCACAGGGUCUCCUAGGUUACCAGUAGGAGGUUUUAAGAGCUUAUCUCCUCCACUGACCAUAGUAAGGAAAACAUUUGACCCCAAUGAGAACCAAGACGACUACUUGCCAUCAGUCAUGACCUGUGUAAAUUACUUGAAACUCCCUGAUUACACCAGUAUAGAAGUUAUGAGAAAGAAACUAGAAAUUGCUGCUUGUGAAGGACAGCACUCUUUCCAUUUAUCUUGAUUGAAUAUUGUAAUGUUACUGGGAGUUUGUAUAUGUGUGUGUGUGAAUGUUCAGAACAGAAAUAGCAGGUUGUUACUUGAACAGGUGAAGUUGUUGGUAUAAGAUAAACUAUAUUGUUUUUACUUUUCUCAUACAAGACUGAUUUUUUUUUUUAAUUUCCAACACAAUACGGAGAUACAGCUUUUUUUCUAGGGUAUAUCACUACCUCUGCAAUUGGUUGGCAUCAAAUGGCUCUAGAUGUUCAAGCUCUAGCACAUGCUAGAUCAGUUCAAGUCAUAAUGAUCAUUACCUUGAUGUGAUAUACAAAUAUCACUCUCAGAAUGUAUAGCUGAUAAGAAUUUUUAAAAACUUUGGGGAUUACCAUGAAUUAUAAUGAAAAUUGAAGUGGUGAUGAGUUUUCUUUUGUAGUUAUUUUUACAAUGUUUACUAGCUUUGAAAAUUCAAAUACCUUAACCUAUUGAAAAAAAAAGACGGAACAAAGACACUUAACCAUGGAACAUGACAUAACAACUAAAGUGUGAUGGCCUUCUCCUCUCAAAUGUAAAUUGUUCUGCUUAUUAAUGUGCAAUUGUAAAUUGCUGGACUUUUUUUCUUUUUUUUGGUUUACUUGCAAGUUGUCAGGGAUGUUGUACAACUCCCAACAGCCUUUUACCAUGCACUGUUUUUCACUUUCAAGUAUGAAGUAUUCAAGCUAAAUUUUUGUUGUUGCUUAAUAACACAAUUAAGAAAAAAGUUUAGCAGCAAUUAAAUUUUACCGUAACACUUACAAGUCUUCUUGCUUGAUCUCAGUUUAAACAAAAAUAUGUAUUUAAAGGUAAUUGAAAGUAUUUGUCUCACAAAAAAAUUUCUCUCUGGGCAUCAUGUGAAAUACAGUAGAAUGAGUUUAUUUGUGAUGUGGUUUUCUGCAAUUCUUGUUGUCUUAAAAUCUGUAUUUUUAUUCAGAUAUUGUGUUUUGUUUCUUUUUUAGUUUAUUGUGCAGUGUGGUGGCCACUGUGUCCAGUUUUUUGUACAAUGUAGCCUCUAGCAGGCCACUGGCUGCAACCAAAGUAAAUUGAAUUAAUAAACGUUGUAUUUAGAAAAUUA